ACCCGGUGGUGUAUGAGGCGUUGGGAUUGGCAUAUUGGUGUUAUUGGUCAGAAAGUUGGUUAAUGUUGGAAAAAAAGGGAAACAACUGCCUUGAAGUAAGUUUUCGUCCGUCCUUGUCCACUGAUCUCUAUGCUGCGUUGCGUCACUUCAUGCAACCGAACCAAUCGCCACGUAAUAACCAAUGCCUUCUGCGUUGAUGAUCCCUUGUAACUUUAAUAUGAGUUCAGGAUGCAUAUGACGGAUAUGCCGCCCAUACACCGCUCCCUCACACUUAACAAUUGAUAUAGACAUGAAUACACCAUGGUUCCUUCUCCCAUGUUAACAAUAUUAUACCUUUCCUUCUUUCAAUCUAAAACCAUAUCUCAUAUCUACAAAUAACGAUGCAACGAGCACUUGUGCGCCCGACAAUCCCCAUCCCCGGCGGCUUUGCCAAAGUCACUCCGUUGGACCAGUAUAUGGUGCGGGUCAUUUUCCCCAUGAUAUGCAUCUUUCAGGUCGACUGGAAAAGCCAUCGGCCGACCAUCUUGCGGAAUCUUCAAGUCGGCCUCGCUCAUACCAUUGACGAGAUUGGCUUCUUAGCGGCCAACGUUGUCCCCGAGUGCGAGGAUAGAGACACAAUUCAGCUAGAAUAUGAGGAGAAUUCCGGCGUCUGGUUCUACGAAAAGGAUGUUCCUGAAGUUGAAUUCGACGCUCUCGCUGCUCGUGACUUUCCUUUUGCCGAAAUGACGGUGUCUCGUUUUGUGCCUGAGCCUCGCGGCCACUCGAACAGAACCCCAGUCCUGACGGUGCAAGCCACCUUCAUCACGGGUGGAGUCGUGGUCGCAUUCAAUGGCCAUCAUGCUGUUAUGGAUGCCCAAGCUCUCGGGACAUUCUGCCAGACAUGGGCCAAGCACGUCGAUGCCGAGUCUAAGGGCCUCCUUGCUCUCUGUAGCCAACGACUGUCUCCCGACACCCUGGAUGGAGGAAGCCUGUUUGGAGGGCGUACGAGACGCGCACUCUCAGACUUUCCGCCGUAUCGGCCAGCUUCAAAAAAUCGUUACGAGUCCACACAGCAGGAAGUCUUGCAAAGUGCCGUUUCUGGAUAUCACGAUCGUCUCCAACAGCUCGUUCCACUGUCUCACUGGCGCAUAUCACCAGCGGCACUCGAUCGACUCAAGAACUUCGCUGCGCCUCCCUCGAAAGACCUCCCCACUAUGACGGAAAAUGCCCUCAUCUCGGCACUCUUAUGGAAGCACACCACCCUGGCCCGACAAAAGGCAGGAAUACACGUCGAUUCGAGUGCCUUACUGAGUACCGUUAAUGUUCGUCGGCGGGUGGAUCCUCAGCUCCCAGACGAAUAUAUCGGCAAUGCGGUUGUUCUUUCCAGAGCAGAUGCAGCCUCCACGGAGCUCCAUUCAACCGAUGAAGUGUCUCUGUACGCACUGGCGCACAAGAUCGUGACUUCAGUCAAUUGGUGGACAGCAGAUCGAAUCUGGGAGCUGACUGGCACAAUCGACAACAGUCCAUCUGUAGCCAACAGGGUAUUGCCUAGGGUGGGUCACGAUUUACUCAUCACCAGCCCUUCACGGAUCGCAGAUGCACAGGGGCAGUCCGAAUGGGGGUCUGAGCUGGGACCAAUCAAGGCGGUUCGUUUUGCUUUUCCGGCAUUCAUGGAUGGAUACGUGGCGAUUCUGCCGAGCAUGCACGGUGGACAGGAGGUGGUGAUGUGGGUUGCUCCUGCGGUUUCUGAAUUGUUGGCGAAAGACGAGAACUGGCUGCAGUGGAUGCAGCGGGUGGCUUAGCUGAGAGCCCCUUUUGAACGUAGGGGUUGAGAUGGAUCUGGGACGGUUGUUGCGGUGAAUCAUAAUCUGAGCUCUUGACCGUCAUUCCAUAGAAUAGUCAUUUUAAGUUUUGGGAAUAGUGGCAAGGGG